AUGUUGUCUGCAGUGCGCGUCGGUGUCUGUGUCGUCUGUGUGUGUUUGUGUGCGAAAUUCCGAGCGCUGUGUCUCGGGUCUGUCUCUCUUGCGUUCCACCGCGCGAGGGUAUGGUUUGCGCUAAAAACCUUCCUCUUCCCAAUUGGCCUGGCUACUGUAAUAUUCUUCUGGCGACGUGUCUCAGAAUUGGAGCGUUCACCAACUAUUAUGGAAACCACAAUAUUUGCUCUGGGACUAGUUCUCUGCAUUUUCAACUGUCCCAUUGAAUGGCUUUCUCUCAAAUUCGAUGUCUCAUUUUGGCUUGUACUUUCGGAUCUACGUCAAGGAGCAUUCUACGCUACAUUGGCCUGUUUCUGGUUGGUUUUUACAGGUGAGCAUUUAAUGGACUCACCGCAUGGAGAACGGAAGCAAACGAGGUUCGGUGUUUCCGUCUAUUAUUGGCCCAAAUUGCUCCUUGUUGGUGGAUGCUGCUCGGCCAUGAGUAUCUUCGAAUUGGCCGAACGCGGUGUACAACUGCACAACCCAUUCUACAGGCAAGUUUAUUUACACCAUUAG